UGCACCCGAGGGGAAAUGAGCUCGGCCGACAAGGCCCGGGUGGGGCCCGCGGCCGACGGGCCCGCGCCGCCCGAGGAGGACGAGGGCGAGGGGGGCGGCGAGGCGGGCGGGAAGGGGCCGGCGGCAGAGGCGGCCCCCGGGCCCAGCGCGGCGUUCCGCUUCCUGGUGACUCGGCGGGAGCCGGCCGUGAGGCUGCAGUACGCAGUGAGCGGCUUGGAGCCGCUGGCCUGGUCGGAGGACCACCGCGUGUCGGUGUCCACGGCCCGCAGCAUCGCUGUGCUGGAGCUCAUCUGCGACGUGCACAACCCGGGCCAGGACCUGGUCAUCCACCGCACGUCGGUGCCCGCCCCUCUCAACAGCUGCCUCCUCAAAGUUGGCUCAAAAGCAGAAGUUGCUGAGUGUAAGGAGAAAUUUGCCACCUCGAAAGACCCCACAGUCAGUCAGACUUUCAUGUUGGACAGGGUGUUCAACCCUGAGGGGAAGGCGUUGCCACCAAUGAGAGGAUUCAAAUAUACUAGUUGGUCCCCCAUGGGUUGCGAUGCAAAUGGCAGGUGCCUCUUGGCAGCACUGACCAUGGAUAAUCGCCUGACCAUCCAGGCUAACCUCAAUAGACUACAGUGGGUCCAGUUGGUUGAUCUGACUGAGAUUUAUGGAGAACGUCUUUAUGAGACCAGCUAUAGGCUCUCUAAAAAUGAGGCUCCAGAGGGGAAUCUUGGGGACUUCGCGGAGUUUCAGAGGAGACAUAGCAUGCAGACACCGGUCAGAAUGGAGUGGUCGGGCAUCUGUACCACUCAGCAGGUCAAGCAUAACAACGAGUGCCGGGAUGUAGGCAGUGUGCUCCUGGCAGUCCUCUUUGAAAAUGGUAACAUUGCUGUGUGGCAGUUUCAGCUGCCAUUUGUAGGAAAGGAAUCCAUCUCUUCUUGCAACACUAUUGAGUCAGGAAUCAACUCUCCUAGUGUUUUGUUUUGGUGGGAAUAUGAGCACAAUAAUCGGAAAAUGAGUGGCCUUAUUGUGGGGAGUGCUUUUGGACCUGUAAAAAUUCUUCCUGUCAAUCUCAAAGCAGUUAAAGGCUAUUUCACUUUAAGGCAGCCUGUUGUCUUGUGGAAAGAAAUGGACCAGUUGCCAGUGCACAGCAUUAAAUGUGUUCCACUUUAUCACCCUUACCAAAAGUGUAGUUGUAGCUUAGUGGUGGCUGCAAGAGGAUCCUAUGUGUUUUGGUGUCUUCUUCUGAUCUCCAAAGCAGGUCUCAAUGUCCACAAUUCCCAUGUCACAGGCCUUCACUCCCUGCCGAUUGUCUCCAUGACUGCAGACAAGCAGAAUGGAACAGUAUAUACUUGUUCUAGUGAUGGUAAGGUGAGGCAGCUGAUUCCAAUUUUCACCGAUGUUGCAUUAAAGUUUGAACACCAGUUAAUUAAACUCUCAGAUGUGUUUGGCUCAGUGAGGACACACGGGAUAGCAGUGAGCCCCUGUGGUGCGUAUCUGGCCGUCAUUACAACUGAGGGCAUGGUCAACGGCCUCCAUCCUGUGAACAAAAACCACCAGGUCCAGUUUGUUACUCUCAAAACCUUUGAAGAGGCAGCUGCUCAGCUCCUGGAAUCUUCAGUUCAGAAUCUCUUCAAGCAAGUAGAUUUAAUAGAUCUUGUACGCUGGAAGAUUUUAAAAGAUAAACAUAUCCCUCAAUUUUUACAAGAAGCUUUGGAAAAAAAGAUUGAAAGCAGUGGAGCCACCUAUUUUUGGCGUUUCAAACUUUUCCUCCUGAGGAUUUUGUAUCAGUCAAUGCAGAAAACCCCUUCAGAAGCAUUAUGGAAACCCACCCACGAGGACUCCAAAAUCUUAUUAGUUGACUCCCCUGGGAUGGGCAAUGCUGAGGAAGAACAGCAAGAGGAAGGCCCUUCUUCCAAACAGGCGAGUCGGCAAGGCCUUCAGGAGAGGAGCAGAGAAGGUGAUCCAGAGGACCCCACCGAGGAUUCGCUGACCCAGUCUGGAGAUGCAGGGGGCCGUGAGCCAAUGGAAGAGAAGCUCCUGGAGAUCCAAGGGAAAAUUGAAGCUGUGGAAAUGCACUUAACCAGGGAGCACAUGAAGCGCGUUUUAGGGGAAGUUUACCUGCACACCUGGAUCACUGAAAACACAAGCAUCCCCACCAGGGGACUCUGUAACUUCCUGAUGUCUGAUGAAGAGUAUGAUGACCGAACAGCACGGGUGCUGAUUGGACACAUCUCAAAGAAGAUGAACAAACAGACUUUCCCUGAGCACUGUAGUUUGUGUAAAGAGAUCUUGCCAUUCACAGAUCGCAAACAGGCAGUCUGCUCCAAUGGCCACAUUUGGCUCCGGUGCUUUUUAACCUACCAGUCCUGCCAGAGUCUGAUAUAUAGAAGGUGUUUGCUCCAUGACAGCAUUGCCCGUCAUCCAGCUCCGGACGAUCCUGACUGGAUUAAGAGGUUACUGCAAAGCCCCUGCCCUUUCUGCGAUUCUCCUGUCUUCUGAACGUCAGCCAUGGGGAGCUAGAAAGGGCACGUACUCUGUGUCAGAAAUUUCCCUCUGGCCUGAAGACAUAGGAUACGCUGGCUAAGCCUGGCCGUCAAGUGGGAAGGCCCUCUUCAGGAGUGUAAAUAGGGCCCUGGGACUCAUUCCUGACGUAUGGCCUCUGUCUCUGGGGACUAAAGGAUAGCUUUAAAAUGACUGAAUGCAGAGAUUAUAAGUCAUUUUGAGAGGAAUGCUAGCCCCCGCUUCUUACCCAGUGUGGAACACUUAUUUUUCAAGUGUUUGGACUGAAGCAAUUUGAACAAAAAGAAUGUUCUAUCAUUUAUGGGAACAGAAUAAUCUCUUCUAGAGAGUUGGGGUCAGGGCCUUGCUGGACCGGGUUAGGCUUUAAUACUUGCCUGAGUCUGGAACUGCCUUGUGGCUCCCCAGAGCUUACACUGCCUGGCACGUGUGUUCAGUGUGCCAGCAGAUCUGCAGAGUGUCUAAAACAACGCUUGGUCCUGAUACUUUGUUCUCGACAAAUAGCCACAGAUCUGUAUCCCACCAAUUCUUGUUUCUCCUGCAUACAGAAAACAUUUUCAUAAAACUGUUUUUAAGAGGUUGAGCCCAAGACUAAAAUUGGUUUUAAUGUGUCAGAAGAUCAGGUGAUUCUUAUAAGUAAAUGAUUGUGACUUAUUUUUUGAUGAGCUCCCACGUUAUCAUAUUUCCUGUCCUAACUCCUUAAUAUGUCCAGGAUAUCAGGUAUUGCCAUUCACCCAUGUCACUUCCCUGUGUCAGACUGUCAUGGCCCAGAUGAGAUAUUUAUACAUAGAAGAAAAAGAAUAUUUUCUCCUUAAAACUUUUAGUGUUUUUAAUGUUGACAUGUCCAGACAUUUCAUUUAUAUCCACCAAAAGAAUGUGCAGUCCAUCUAGAGACUUCAGAAAACUAGAAAGUGAUGGGCAGGCCAGACGUGCAGGUGCUUGUGCUCUGGUGCUACAGGUGUUGUGUGGCUUAGUUGAUGAGAGCCUGCGAAUUUCUUCAUAGCAAAGGUCCUUGAUAUUUAUAAUACCAGGUAUCUUCCUGUGGGCUGUUAUUAAGAGGAGAUAAUAGACAUUAAUUGGUCUUAAAAUCUAAAAAAUGGACAUUCGGGAAUUACAGUAUUCUUGGAUUGCAAAAAUAGCAUCCUAGGGAUUGGUGCUAAUCAACAGGACUGUGAUGCACGUGACUAGAAAUGGUGCAUACUGCUGGGGAGUAGGAUGGGAAAUACAAAAAAUGUGAAAUUCUCCUAUUACAUGUUGUCUAUUUUGCCUUUAUUCUGACAUUUAUUCCUGUCUUUGUUGGGAUUCCUCAUGAAAGACUUUUGUCCUUGCUUUAGAAACAUUUGCUAUUUGGACAAGACGCUCACAGACACACACGCUGCUGUGUUCUCACCCCCUCCACUCGCACACAUGGAGCUAAGAGCCCUUCAGAGGUGUCGCCAAACAGCUUGUCCUGAAAUGUCUUUUGUUUCCUAUUCAAAUUUUUUUGUUGUCUCCUGUGUUUAAUUCUGUAUUUGCUGGAGUCUUCUGCUUAUCUUUCUCAUCUUGGUAAUUUCAAGAAUACUGUUGAUCCAGAUUCUGGGUUCUGGCACAUUAAAUUGAUUUUCAAGAAAGAGAACCAGGCGGCAUUAAAAUCAUGAGUAACACAGCUUAGAGGUUGUGUGGUUGCACUCGCCUGUGCCUGUAGCUGUUUCACGUUACAGUAACUACAACAGUAAAAAUUGAGAUCAUGUCAAGGAAUUAUUGCAGUUUUCAUAAUCAUGGGAUGCUUAGUUUCACUUAUUUUUUGUUCCUAAUUAGGGUCCGUGUCUGAUUCGUUCAUAUUGGGGAAUUUUGUGCUGCUGCCAUUUAAAACUUACAUUAAGUUUUUAUUUAAAGCAGUUGUACAUUUUUGGGGGAAAUAUACCUCUUGGGAGGUAACUAAAAGGGUCUCCUGAAUUAUUUUUGUAUGUCUGUGUAGGAAUAAACACGGCAACUUUUUUACUAGAAUGUGGCUUCUCUCUGCAUGGGGCUAGGCCCAGUGGCAUUCUUCAGACUCGUUUUGAAACCCACCACCCACCACUGCAGUCUGAGUUUCUGCAUCCAGAGCAAGGAGGCCUCCCCCCUCCUCCCUCCUCCCAUCCCAACCCCCUCGUCCCUGGCAGCAUCACAAACACAGUCCGCUUCUGAUUUCACUAAGGGUCAGUGUACGUGGCAACAGAGUGCCAAUCAGUGGGACUUUGGAAAAGCAGGGGUGACACCCGGAAUCUUCCAGCUCAUUGCUUCUCCUGGCUUAAACUUGUCAUGCCCUCCACCCUUCCUAAAAUGCCUGAUCUGUUUAGUGGCUUUCAAGUUUAUCUCGGCUGUCACUGUAAAAACUAUUUCAGAAGUGGCAGCCGUGUUGCUGUGCUGCCCGGGAGUGCAGGCACAGAGAUUGUAUGCAGUUAGACCUUUACAGCUACAACACAAUUGCAUUCGGGGAGUCUGAUAGCCACACCUGUAUCACACUUUCUCUGCCUGGGGUUAAUUUGUCCCUAUUACUCCAGAUAAGAAAUUGAUAGCUUGUUAUGCUUGAUAUUCAUUCUGAAAUCCUCAUGUGUCCACCACCCAGACUUCAAGCGGUCUCUACCUACUAUUACAUCUGCCAAAACUACCAAUUAUUUUUCAGUGUCAGGAGUUAUUAGAACCACUGGCGAAGCUUGUGGUUGAGUGUGACAUCUUUCUGCUUCUAAGAAGUUUUUGGGAAUGUUAAUGUUGAAGCAUGCUGGUUGGACCUAUUUGCCAGUGUCAUGGGUUAAUUAGGUGAAAGGAAUGUUAAAGGUAAUAAUUAAAAAUUAAAAUAUUUUCUUUUGUAAUUACAAUGCUAUCAGCUAAGAAGCAGAAGUAGUUGGUUUUUAUGGUGCUUGUUAAGAGGAGCACAGAAAUGCUGGUUUUACACAACACCUGCUCCCCUGGCAGGUAGAGUUUAACUGCUUCAGAGUUUGGUGAAUUACUGCAACUCCUGGCAUGAAACCAGGAAUUACUGUCACCCAUCCUAGUCUGUAGGGUCUGUUCAACCUUCUUGCUCCUGACCCCUCCGCGCUUGCUUUUCCUUCCUGAUGAGGGCCUCUUGAUCUCCCUUGCUCUAGCUUUCUCAGCUUCAGGACAUGUCCAGAGCUUGCAGAUUUCAUGUUUGAAAGAGCAAUAAAUCAGUGAUAAGAUUUCUAAAAUUUAAAUCACACAGUAGGUCUCUACUAUCAUACACAGUGUUUUUUCUCUCUAAUGGUAAUUGUUAGUUGUUAACUUGGUAAACUAUAUCUGGUCUUCUUCGAAACUCUUAUUUCCCUGGCACAGUGCUCAGUAACUCUUGGCUGGCCUCUGGGGCUAGAACCUGUGAAAUUUUAGCUCAUUGUCACUACCCGCUGCCCUCCCCAAGCCAUCGUUGUUCCUGAUGAGCAAAAAUGCCUGUUAAGCCAGCCGACCUAAGUUUUUUAAGGGAAAGGUAGAUUCUGCCUUUUUUUUUUUAAGAGAUUAGGCAGCAAAAACAGCCAAUAGCUAGAGAAAUAAUGUCUUCAGUUAGCCCACCAUGGACUGCGGUGGACCUCCUCGUGGCUCUCGUGAUGGAUCAUUAAUAUACCUUGACACUUCUUUCCUGUGUGGGUGGAGUUUGAACAGUUCAGUGAGACUAUAGAGGGUUUUGAGUCUAACCUUUCCCCUCAAGGUUGUCUGUUUUAAAAAUGGCUUUAAAAGAUCUAACUGAAUUGUUUUCAUUUUCAUUAUUAGCAUAGUAUAGUAUCAAUCAACAGCUUCAAGCAGAGGAAGACUGUGUCUCAGGUCUCAUAGUUAUUAAACUUUGAACUGCUCUUUCUUGAAGCUAAAAAAAGAUCCUUGGAGUUAAGAUCUCCACAUCUGCUAACAGGAUGUCUGCUGUUUAAAAGGAUUACAGAGCAUGUGAAAUCUGACUGUCCUUAAAUUUGAAUUAGAUCAAAUUUAUGGAAUGUUAGAGUUGCUUCUAAUGAUUUAAAGUACUGUGGCAUCACUAUCCUGAUAAAAAAGCAGGGUUUUUCAGAAGAUUGGGAGCUCUUUCCCAAGGCACUGAUAUAAAUCAGUAUCAAGACUUGGAGCCAGGCUGAGCCUAGUAGACAGGAUGCAGCCUUCUAUCUGCAUAUGUACUUUGUUUUAGAACAGGGCUGUUCCUGAAAACUGCUGGGGAAACCAGUCAGUUUCAUGGAGAAAUAACUAUAACAACAUCCUAUAAAGAAGUUAGUCCAUUUGGUAUAUGACUAGCUCUCCCUCAACCUCUUUAUCUGAUUAGGUGAUUUCAGCUUUUCUUAUCUUGCAUUUUUUGAGUUAUACUGUGGUGGUGGUGGGGGGGGUGUUUUAAUAUAUAGUUCUAGUCAGCUUAUUCAAAACAGUAUUACAUGAAUUACCAACAUGGGGGUGCCAUUCAUUCCAGGCUUGGCAGGAAUUGAAAAAAAGGAAAGAUGAUGCUCUCCUGCUGGCGAUAAAGGUGUAGGCUAUCUAGGUGAAAUGUCAGUGGGUUGGGGAGAUUUAAAUUGCAGAACUCUAAAUCUUGUUGGUUUCUGCAGUAAAAAUUUGCUCGCCUCACCAUCAUGAAACUCUGUUACUUUCACAGAAAGAUCCUGUAAGGUGGUCAGAUGGACCAUGUAAGAGGUUGUGAUGGCUUCAAGACAUUUCAUAUUUUAUCAGUUUUAUAUUUGCCGAACAGGCUGGUGGGGUUUGGGGUGUUUUGUUUUUGGUACUAGUACAAAAUUAAAAGCAAAAAUGGAUUAUUAGGUCUUUUUCAAGACCUUGACUCAGAUUUGUACUUUACUGUAUGAAAGGAACAUGAAUAUCAAACCUGUUGAUACAGAAAUAAGACUGUAUAGAGAAAUAAGUCUGUGUUGUGUACAGUGAUAUUUUAUGUUUACCCAAUGCCUGUGCUAAUCUUUGUGCUCUGCUUUGAAUUCUAUGUAUGUUUACAUAGGACAUUUUUUUAAAUAAAAAGAACGGGCGUCUAAAAACCUAAGGUUAUAGAAAGGAGAUAUUUUCUUAAUUCUUACCAUCUGACUAGGUGAUGUGUUCUAGACUUUUGGUGUUUAAAUAAAACUUUUUAAGAAUAAGAACAGCUUUUGCUUGGUAUACCCCGCAUCCAGAAAAUUGGCUGCUUCUCUGCAUUGUAUAUACAUACAUAGUGUUCAUUAUUAGAUUGUAAGCUCCUCAUGGGCAGGAACUGUCUGCUUCAUCUUGGGCGUUCCUGCAGCACCUAAUAUAAAGUGCCUUGCACGGAGUAGGUGCUCCUGAUUUGUAGAAUGAGUAACUUCCUGCCAGCUUUAAGAUGGAAGCACGGUUCCCUUUUUCCAGUGCGUUCGAAACCACAAAGACUUAAGGACCCGAGGAAGGCCAGAGUCCUUCUUGGGUUUGAACAGAUAUCCCAGGCUGAACCAGACCAUGCUGUAUCUUUAGCACUAUUUAGCCUUCUUUUUCUGAAGAUCACCCACCAGUGUUCUGAGCUUUUAUUUCAUACUAGGGCAAAGGUUGCUGGGGCAAGUUUGAAAUGGAGAAGAUUAUAGAAAAAAUGAAAUGGAGAUUUUGGAGGGUAUGUGUGUGUGUCAGUACACAGCCCUGUGGGGCAGUCUUACUUCAGUUACCACUAAAGAGGAAGGUAACAGGUACUCGGCUGCUUUGCCACUUAGCUGGUUGGCCAGUUUUCAAGUUAAUGAAAGAUCAUUGGCUUUUAGCUUUUCCCCAUUUUGGAUGCCCUUCAAUUACUCAUAUGAUUCUAGUGUUCAGAGUCUAAUCAAGUUGCUGUGAAUACCCAGUGCCGGUUCUGUAAAUGUGGAGUAACCUCGAAUAUGUUGUGUUUUGUAUGCAGAGCCACUAGUAUUCUCUUGGCCACUUUUUUAUUCAAAAUAAAUAAAUAACAGAAUUAUUUGUA